CCCCGGUCCCCGCGCAGCCUGGGCCGGGCGGAGGUUCUUUAUCUCCAAGAACAAUCCAUACCCAAACUGAAGGAAAAUACAUUGCACAAAAUAUUAAGAAAACUCCUUUUUUAGAAAAAUAUUUCUUUGGAGAAGCUGAUUUCCUUUGGCUGGCAGGAGAAGGUGGAGAAAAUGAAGCCAAGUCUGCGAUUUUUCUUAGCUGGUUUUCUGUUGUUGAUUCUGCAGACAGGGCUUUGCUAUGGGAUAAAAUGGAUAGCUCUGUCCAAGACUUCUUUGGCUUUGGCCCUGAAUCAAACCCAGCACUGCAAGCAGCUUGAAGGCCUGGUGGUUUCUCAGGUGCAGCUGUGCCGCAGCAACCUGGAGCUGAUGCAGACCAUUAUUCAGGCAGCCCGGGAAGUGAUAAAGACCUGCCGUAAAACCUUCUCAGACAUGCGGUGGAACUGCUCUUCAAUAGAGUUGGCCCCUAACUACCUGCUGGACUUAGAGAGAGGCACAAGGGAGUCAGCAUUUGUAUAUGCCCUCUCUGCUGCUGCCAUCAGCCACACCAUUGCCAGAGCCUGCACCACCGGGGACCUCCCUGGCUGUUCCUGUGGUCCCAUCCCAGGUGAGACACCUGGACCUGGGUAUCGAUGGGGAGGAUGUGCAGACAACCUCAACUAUGGUCUUAUCAUGGGGUCCAAAUUUUCAGAUGCUCCCAUGAAGAUGAAAAAAUCAGGAUCACAAGCCAAUAAACUGAUGCAUCUGCACAACAGUGAAGUAGGGAGACAGGUCUUGAAAGCCUCUCUUGAAAUGAAAUGUAAGUGCCAUGGAGUGUCUGGGUCAUGCUCUAUCAAGACCUGUUGGAAAGGCCUUCAAGAAUUGCGAGACAUUGCACUGGACCUCAAAACCAAAUAUUUAUCUGCCACCAAGGUUGUUCACCGGCCCAUGGGCACACGCAAAUACCUUGUGCCGAAGGACAUUGACAUCAGGCCAGUCAAAGAGACAGAGCUGAUUUACCUGCAGAGCUCACCUGAUUUCUGCAUGAAGAAUGAAAAAGUGGGGUCACAUGGGACCCAGGACAGACAAUGCAACAAGACUUCCAAUGGGAGUGACAGCUGCGACUUGAUGUGCUGUGGCAGAGGCUACAACCCCUACAUGGACAAAGUGGUGGAGCGUUGCCACUGCAAAUACCACUGGUGCUGCUACGUGACCUGUAAAAAGUGUGAGAGGACUGUUGAGAGAUAUGUGUGCAAAUGAAAACUCUCCUCUGCACACCUGGGAGCUAAGACAGCAGCGGCAGCCCAGCACUAUUCGGAGAAAACAUUUCCUUGACUAGACAUCAUUUAUCUCCUAAAGACACAGACUUGAGGAGAGAUAGCAGGAGGAAAAGCAACAAUCAUACCAGUAAAAAUAAGGAUGUAAAAAAAAACUCAGAAAAAGCAACAAACCCACAAAUGUUUCUCUCCACCAAUAAAAUGCUUCCUGAGAAGACAAAACUUCAUUUGGGAUGGUAUCUUCUUCCAGAGUAUUUCCUAUGGUUGCCAAUGAUGUCCAGCCAUCAAGUGCCUUAGUAUUCUGAGAAAUAAAUAUAGAAACUUUUCGGGGGGGGGAGAAAAAGGCACCAUUUGUUUGACAGUAACUAAGGCUCACACCUGCCUAUGCCUUCUAGCACAGGUACUGUCUCCAUUAGGACCAUCCCACAAGGAAAAAUGCUACAACUUUUCAGCAAUAACUGCCAUGUUGCCAAAGACUUAUUUUCCACAAGGGAUCAUCCACUCUGAGUGAUAAAAAAAAAUGAACAUAUUUCAGGUCAAUCCCCUGAAAUUAACAACUAAUUUUAAUCUUUCUUUUACACAGGUCUGCAACUUUGAGCUGAAGGAAAAUAUAUCCUUGAUUUGUCCAGGCUGGACAAAAUUCACCAAAAAAAAAUCUCCUGGAAUCCUGGAGGCAGUGAGAGUAGGCUGAGAAGGACUUUAUGGGGUCCACAAGACAGCAGUGGAGCCUUUAGAAUAAAAUAACAAAGUGAAAUGCAAGUCCAGUGGGAAAGUAAAGAAAAAAAGCAAGCUCCUGCCCUCUAUCUCUUUGCCAUUUGGGUGUGAUACCCUUAGUCACUGACAUUCUUCCACAUUGACCCAUCAAGUUCUUGGGGAAAUAUGCAAUUAGCUUCUUCCCCCACAAAACUAUUGGUCCAGCCUCAGGAAACUGCAGAGUUGUGCAGUCCAGGCUGUAGGGAGUACAGCCAUGGAAGCCAGCAGCUAUUCACAGCAGGAAGCAAUGGGAAUGUGUCAGUCCUCCAUGUGGCUCUGCCCUGACACAGCAGAGAACCACUAUUUGUGGCUGUACAUAUUUUCUUUUGUAUUUUUCUUUUGUAUGAUAUUUAUAUCUUGUGCUUUCAUCUACUUUACUUCCUACAUAAAUAUAACCUUAUAUUAUAAACAAGCAUUAACAAUAGUAUGAAAUAAAUGCUGAAGUUACUGGUGCAACAGCAAAA